AUGCUCGAAAUCACGCAGCCGCCGUGUCCCGCCGGCGGACACUUGCAACACGGGGUCGACUACGCAAAACACCAUUUAAGCCCGCGCAGUGCCCCCAAGAAAGACAUUUCAUACGAGGUGCCCGUCCUCAUCGUGGGCGGCGGCCCGACAGGGUUGUUGACGGCUUACAUGCUGUCCAGACACGGCGUGAGGUCGCUGCUCGUCGAAAAAUAUCCGGAGAGGCUCGCGGCGCCAAAAGCGCACGCGCUGUGUCCCCGGACCCUCGAGAUCUGCAGGCAGUACGGGCUCGAUACGAACACUAUCCGCCGCAUGGGGUCUCCGCGGAGGGACGCCUGCCGGGUCAAUUUCCUGACGAACCUCGGCGGCGAGGUGAUCGGGUCUCUGCCGUACGAGCGGAUGGAUGCCGGUGUUUUGGAGCACACGCCCCAGCCAGACUUUGAGAAGUUUGUAUCUGAUCAGUUGCUCGAUGACCCCAACGUCGAAAUUCGCAAAGGCGUGGGCUUCGUCUCAUGCGAACAUCGAGGCGGCAAAGUGUUUACCACGGUCGAAGAGCGUGCUACGAAUAAGCGAUAUACGGUCACGUCGAGACACCUCGUCGGGUGCGACGGGGCAAAAAGCCAGGUCCGCCGGUGUCUCGGCAUCGAGACCGAAGGAGAAGAUGGAUGUGAGUUUGUGGCCAUUUCGCAACUCGUCGUAGUCGUAUCCCGCCUGGCCUUGGUUACUGACGACUCAGAUGAGACGAUGAUGACGAUCCAUUUCAACGCGGAUCUCCGGCCGGUGGUGAAGAACCGCGUCGGCAUGCUGCACUGGAUUGUCGACCCCGCCUGUUCUGGCUUCAUUAUAGCAUACGACUUGGGCGGAAACCAGGUUCUGAUUAGCAAUUUUGAUUCAAAGAAGCAACCGAUAGAGACGUGGAACGAAGAGCGCGCCCACGCCACCGUGUCCGCCGCAAUAGGGCAGGAUAUACCAAUAAAGGUCCUGAGUUACCGGCCAUGGGUGUUGAGCCGCAAGGUUGCCAAAGAAUACCGCCGGGGAAACGUCUUUCUAGUCGGCGACGCUGCACACUCGUUCCCCCCGACAGGCGGCCUCGGCCUCAACUCGGGCAUAGCCGACGCCCACAACCUCGCGUACAAGAUCGCCGCCGUCCACUGGGGGCGCGCCGGCCCGGGCCUCCUCGACGCGUACGAGCGCGAGCGGAGGCAGGUCGCCGUCGUGGCCGCGGCGCAGAGCAUCGAGAACGGCAAGUCAAUCUUCUCCUUCCUCAAGGCCGUCGGCGCCGCGGGCCAGGGCGAGGACUUGGCCGGGGCGCGGCGGCGGAUGUACGAGACCAUUCGCGACCCGGCGAAGCAGGCCUUGAUAGCAGAGAACGUCGAGAGACAGCGAGAGCAUUUCGACAACAUCGAGCUACACAUCGGCUAUGUCUACGGCGACGACAAGCCGCCAGCGAGCACUUUGAUCUACACCCCAAAGUUCAGGACCGGCGCUCGGCUGCCUCACGCUUGGAUCAGGAUCAAAAGACCAAGCCACGGUCUGCCGCAACAACCGAUAGACCUCUCGUACGUCGAGGAGCUGUCGGACGAGCAGGUCGCGGCUCGGCAAUUCUCCACCCUCGACCUGGUGCAGCCGGGGACGUUCAGCCUCAUCACGGGACGCCGCUCCGCCUGGGCUCGGCGGUCCAAGGAGUCCGCAGAGGUGCUGGGCUACGGCAUCAGCCUGUGCCUGUGGGCCGCCGACGAAGACUUUGCCUUUUGCGACGAGGGGCACAGCAGGCUGUUCGAGCAGGACGGCCGCCUGUCUCACGGAGGAGCCAUUCUCGUAAGGCCGGACCAGCACAUAUUGGAGUGUUUGGGCACUGAAACGUCUGUUGAGGAGAUUGUAAAUUGCAUUGCGAGGCAUAUGGAUGUUGCAAUUUAG